AUGGAUACUAGAGAUGACUAUCCAAAAAUUGAUUUUUCCCGGAAGCCAAAUAAAGAUUUAACUGUAGAAAAAUAUGUUGGUGGAGGUGACACCACCUUUAUGGUUACCAGAGAUGAAACUGGUCUACCGAAAGGGUUCUUCAAAUAUAUCCACAAACCUAAUAAAGAAAUCACGCUAAACGGUUAUAUACAACGUGGAGCUAGGAUAGGAACGGGAGUACCCAUAUAUAAGGUCACAGAGGCUUCCAUUUACUACUGGAGUGGAAAACCGGAUAAACCAAUCCUCCUUGGAAUUACCACUACUAGUGGUGAUAGACAACCAAAGUACUAUAGCAGAGGUGAUGGAUCAGGUCUGUCUUGGAUGAAUGCUCCAGUGGCUGAUAAAAAUCUGAAUGAGCUAGAUGCACUCGAUGAACAGAAUUGCAAGAUCAACAAGGCUAUCCCUUUAAAUAUACAGGGCCCUCAAUCUGCUUCUAUUCCUAAAGAGUCUAAAGCUACUUGUCUAAAGACUACCAGAAGGAUAGAACAGGUUACAAUUCUACCUCCAAACAACCCUCCUGGGAGUGAUUAUGUUACUACAGCAUAUAUGACUACUGAUCUCGACACAAGGAUAUCCAGAGUUACCUAUAGGAACCAGUCUACUGAUAUUAAUCUCACUAAACAGGGCCCUGUUUCUCAAAUGAGGCUCUAUUCCUAUCCAGCUACUAACCAAGUACCCCUUAUGCUGGAAUUCAAGCCAUCUGGUAGUGGAACAUCUUCUUGGUUUUAUAGUAAAGGCACUAGUGGAAUUAGUUGGGGAGAAACCGGCGAUGGUGAUGGAUUCUAUAAUAAGGAAGGUACCCCUGAGCCUACUGAUGCCCUUUCUGAUAAGCUUGAUGAGGUACUCUGUGAACACCAUAACAAUGUCACUUUGGAUAUAUCCUAUGGCAAUUCUAGUUCAGGAGAAAAAUAUUGUUGUGGGAAACAUCAAACUGUACACUUUCAGGAAAUGCAAAUUAAUGGCAAAGGUAGCUUGGGCCAAACUAAAGUUCACAAAUACUCCAUAAACGGCACAGCUUUUAACUUAGCUGGUCUUAAGUAUUACGAGAAUGAUUCUAGUACUGGUACAAGAAAGAGGAAGAAGAUAAUUUUGACUACACAAUUUCCAAUCUCGGUAAAUAGUAUCUAUGUGUUCUACUGCAAAGAGAAUAAGCCAGUUCUAAUUUAUGUUGCAAGUAGAAGCUUUCCAGCUAAAGGUUGGUACAGGAGUGAUAGAUCUAGCGACGAAAAACCAUGGAAAAAAAGUUCUGGAAAACUCCCUGGCGAACCCCUUGAGAAUCUUAACUGUCAGCAACGGGCUGCGCUCAGAGAGGUACUUGAAAAGCGUGGCUGUGGUAACUUUGGGGUUUGCCAAGAACCUUCACAAUCUACUCGACCACAAUAUAUACAAACAUCACCAAGUGUUGAUCCUGGACUUGGAUCAGUGUCCCAAGAAUAUGAAGAAUCUGAUUCUGAUGAACCACAAUCUCAACCUCCACCCUCUUCUCAACAACCUCAUGGUCAUGUACUCUCUUCAGGUACUGGAAAUACUGGUGAUUCUACUCAACCCCUAUCUCAAGUACAAUAUGAUUCUCCUGUUGAUAACUCUGGUGGUGCUGGAGGAGGCUCCGGUACUCCUCCCCAAGCUGGUCUUGUAGCUGCUAAACAACAAGGACCUCCUGGUAAAGCUGAUGAAGCUGAAUUGAGACCUAAAAGUAAUUCUGGUGAAGGUGAUACAAACCCUACCGAUAAACAGACUUUGUCUGCUGAUCUAGAUACUGAAGCCAUAGAUUACUUUAUCAAAACAUUUGAAGCAUGUGCUCCUCUAGGUAAACCUAAAAUGCUCCCUGAAGAACAAACUGGAAAAGCUACUGCUGAUGUUGUUGGUAAAGCUGAUACAGCUGGAAGAGGUCUUGGUGAACCAUGGAAAGCUAUUGGUGAAGCAGUAAUUACUCUUAUUAAGCUUGGAUUAACUGGAUCAGCUGCCCUUGGAUUGGGUAAGGGUCUACUUGCUGGUGGUAAGGAUGGAGUUAAGGCCAACGUAGUUGAAGCUAGUAGAGAUAGUAAUAGAACUCAAGAUGAAUAUACUGCUCCUCUUACUACUAAACCUGGAGCUACCCAUCCUGAACCUGCUCCUUCUGCUGGACCUUCUAAAGCUACUGAAGAAACAUGCCAUGCAUUCCUUUGGGGCAUUAAUUAA